CAUUCGUGUUUGCCGCUUCGUGGGCAACGGACGCUUCCUCAGAACUCAAGUGGAGUGACGAGCACGAGAACGGAACCGGAAACGAAACGAAACGAAAGCGAGAGAAAGCACAAGCCUGUUGAGGGUUUGGCGGCGCGUUCGAACCGGAAGUCUCCACAUGUAACCUUGUCCAUUUCCAUCCGGAGAAACGUCGAUCGCCAAGGAGAAGCCCAUAAUGGGCGCAUUGAAGCCUCUGGCCAUUUGGCUUGUCCUGCUCAUCGCACACACGCAGGCAGUCAGAGAAAAUCCCCUUAAAGACCCACGCAUCUGUGGGCGGCCGCAAUGUGAUGCGACACAUUCGAAGUUCAAUUUCGCCGAAAAGCUGUACAAAUAUGAAUAUACGGUGGCUGUGCGCACCGAGUUCGUCGGAUCCGGCGAUAACAGCUCGGACCUGCUGCUCAAGGCAGACUUGGACAUAUUUUUCCCGAAGCCCUGCGAGGGCUACUUGAGGAUCAACAAUGCCAAGCUGUUCGAUAAACUGGACGAGCCGUCGUCCAGCGACAGCGAGUCCACCACCGAGAAGCCCAGGGAUGCGUACGACUACUACGAUUUCGCGGCCAGCGGGGAGACCGAGACUGAAAAUUUUGAUAACCUGCACCCCAAGAGCAUGAAUCUGCAAGGGGACCUUAGCCAGAACCUGCUGCGUUUUGCCUUCCAUGACGGCCUCAUCAGCGAGGUGUGUCCCCAGGAGCAGGAGACGCCCUGGGUGCUCAACAUCAAGAAGGGCAUCCUGUCGGCCUUCCAAAACACCAUGAUGCGCUUUGACGUCGACUUCAACACAACCGAGACGGAUGUGUCUGGCCAAUGCCAAGUGCAAUAUGCCCUGGAGGAUACCGACAGCGUUUAUGUCAAGAUCCGCAAGACGAAGGACAUCAACUCCUGCAGGCAGCGCUACGCCACCCACUCGGUGCUGCAGACCACGCCGUACACGUUCCGCGAUGACAAGACUAUAUGGCCCAUACUCAAAUCCGACAGUCACUGCAACGUCACCAUUGACAACAAUGUCUACCGCGAGAUCAGUUGUCUGGAGACACACCUGCUAGUGCCUUUUUCGAACGCCAGCUCUGGUGCCCUGACCACUAGUCGCAGCAUCCUGAAUCUCAAGGGAGAUGAGUCUUACAGCGUUGGCGAGUUCCUGGAGCAGAAUCCCGAACUGGUUGACCGUCGUGCCACUCUGGUCUUUGACCACACACCCGCAGUAAAGCCCUCGCACGACGAGAUUAAGGCUGCCCGGGAGCUUCUGGUGCAGAUGUGCGCAGUGGGCUUUCCCAAUAUUCAGCGCGAGUUCAUCGACGUGUUUACCAACUUCCUGCAGACCUCCAAGAGUCUCAACUACAAGACCCUAUCUGUGCUGCUCCAGCGGUCGGCCAGUACCUGCGAACAGGGCAGAAACCAUGUGCUGGAAUCCCUGCCUUACAUUGGCAGCACCGCCGCUUAUAAGGUAAUGCGAGAUCAGAUCGUCAACGGACAGGUGUCGAAGGAGAAGGCCCACAGCUGGAUGACCACCCUGUCCUUCAUCACACGUCCCGACGAAGAGACCCUGGAGACCUUCCAAACCAUCCUCGAGUUCGCAAAGAACAGGCUGGACCCAGAGUACACUCUGGGCGCCACUGCGGUGGUGCACAGCUUUUGCAGACACCACGAGGUCUGCGAGGAGAACCUGCGAGUGCAGCAGAUCAUCAAUCUGUUGGAAACCGAGUUCCUAACUGUGUACAACAUAUUCAAAGGAGAACGUCGUUUCCGCGAGCGUAUGGUGAUUUUGCUGAAAGGACUGGGAAACAUUGGGGUGCUGUCGCCUCCUUUUGCCGAGCAACUGCAGUGGAUUAUAAGGGAUGACGCAGCAUCAGUGGAUAUGCGCCUGCAAAGUAUUCUGGCCUUCCGCCGUGUGGACUGCCCUCGAUACCGAAGCUUCUUCUUGGAAAGCUAUGCCAACUACACUUUGAAUUCGGAGCUGCGUAUAUACAGUUACCUGCAGGCCAUGAGGUGUCCGGAUUACAUAUCCGUGGGGGCCAUAAAAUCGGUGCUGGAACAUGAGGAAAUCAACCAGGUGGGCUCCUUUGUGUGGUCGCAUCUCACCAACCUGGCCAAAUCGAAUUCCCCCGUUCGCAUCGAGGCCCAGGGUCUGCUGCUAAAUGAUGAGCUCUCGGAGCGCUUCAAGAUGGACUUCCGCAAGUUUUCGAAAAACUACGAGCACAGUUUGUUCUUCGACGAGUAUAAUUUCGGAACUACCGCGGAUGCGAAUGUCAUCUUUGGCACUGAUUCCUAUUUGCCACGCAUCGCCAGCCUUAACUUCACGGCCGAUCUCUUUGGUCAGUCGGUGAACUUCUUUGAGUUCAGUGCACGCGCUGAAGGACUGGAGGAGCUGGCGGCCAAUGCCUUUGGACCCAAGGGUCCUUUGAGCGGCGAGCUGUUGCGCAAGAAGCUCUCCUUCCUCAACCGCUGGCUGGGCAACGAAAGUGCCGAGGAAGAUGACACCCUCGAGAAUCUGCUUAGUCUGGAUAAUCUGCGACUGAAAAGGAAGGCGCAGCAGUCUACUGAUGCGUAUGACCUGGAAGAUGAGGAAUAUUACGAUUACGAGGAGUCCUUGAGAGGGCCUAAGCGUCAUAAACGGGAUGCGAGCAGCACUCGCAAGCAGGAAAUUGAUCGCAACGUGGAUAGUCUUGGUUACAAGUUAAAGUACGACUACAAUAACCCACGGGCACAGUUUGGUCUUCGGAUCUUUGGCAACGAUCUGCACUACUACAAUGUGGAAUCCAUGGUGGAGGUGAUGGCUUUGGCCGCCACAUUCAAUCCCUUCCAACAGGCCAAGAAUGUGCUUUCCGGCAAGCAGCUCAACUACACGAAGUCGCGAGUCUUUCUGGAUGCUUCCUACACAGUGCCCCUGGCAGUCGGACUUCCAUUGGCAAUCCAUGCAUUUGGAGCUUCCUCCGUAGAUCUUCGCAUCAGUGGUAAUCUGGAUCAAGUGGAACCACCUACCGAAUGGCACUUUGAUGUCGAAGGCCGGUUUAAGCCCUCGGUGUCUGUGGAUGUGAUCACCACCAUGCAGACAGACAUGUUCUGGGGUCAAUCGGGCAUCAAAGUGAAGAGCAACCUGUACUCCAACUCGGAGCUGGUGGCCAAGCUAAAGGUCCGUGGCCGCAAUCUGGUCUCCUUCUCGUUCAAUCUUCCCCAGGACCAAAAUGAGAUCUUCAGUUUCCGAUCCGAGUUGCUUGUGCAAAAGCAGGAGGAGGAGCUGCCCCAGGCGGGCAUUGUCAAACGGAGUGCGAACUCCACCUGCACUUGGCCUGUUCUCGAUCGGGCCAUCGGACUUCAGAUGUGCUCCCACUACAGUGUCCCGGAUCUGAGUAAUGCCACCCUUAUUUACCCAAGCCUUUUGCUAGCAGGACCACUGAACUUUAGCUUGAUCCUUAAGAAAUCCGAUCUAACUGCUAAGAAGUACAUGUUCGAGUACAAAUGGGACCAGCAGGAUCUGGACAACCAGUUCUCACUGGUGUUCACCACACCAGGUUCAAAGGUUCCGCGAGUUCUGGUUGCGAAUGUGACCAAGGUACCCGAUGCCUUCAAUGCCUCUGUGGCUUUCGUAAAUGGAGCGAAUAGGGUAUCCGCUGGGUGCAGCUAUGACGGAAAUCCAGACUUCCGACGUUUAGAUGUCUACCUUGACACGAAUGGAAAUAGAUCCCUGGACCUGGGCAUGGAACUGCGAAGACACCAGGACUUCACCGCCUGGAUCUACAAUCCUCGAAUACUGCUAGCAAUUAAUGGAGUCAACAUUACCGGACUGGCAGGCACCGUAAAAGUAAACGAAAAAAGUGGAAUCAAGCAAAACGACGUGGAUCUCUCCUUUGAGACCAAAAAGCUCCAGGCUGUGAUAAAGGGAAAUAUUGUUCAAAGCGAGAUUACCACUUCCACCAACAUGACCAUUAAGUACAGAUUCCAAGCAAACAAAAUUGAGGAGAUUAACUUUGCUGGCAAGCUGGUAGAUAAUGGAGAUAAGGGCACGACAGAGUAUCGAGGUAACAUGAAGCUCCAGACCUCGGCGUAUCCCAAGCUGAACUUCGCAUCGAAUGCAACUUGGCUCAGUCUACAGGGCCAUACUGAAGGCAUGAUCACGUACAAUAACGCACCUGAUUAUGUAAAUCCCAACUAUACGAGUCUGCUCCGCUUGGUCUUCGCUCGAUCCCAUUCAGAGGAUUCCGUCUGGGAGGGUUCCCGUACGCGGGCCAGUCUGGAACUGAAGCUGCCCAGGUCAAAGAUUGAUUAUCGCAUCUUAGUUAAGCACGAAGAGCGCAGCAAGAACGGAACCGCGCACAAUGUAAUUGUGGGUCUAAAGUACGCUCCUGAGAAAGAGAUUACGGGUCUGUUCUCCGUGCAUUUGCCACGAAGGAACAUGUUCGCCAUUGAUGCCUAUAUGAAUGUGACGGUGCCGGAGUUCAACUCUUGUACGGCCAGCCUGAAAGUCAACGAGAAAGCCACUAAGGACUAUCUCAUCUUUAUCAAUGGUUCCUGGUUUACUGGACACUCAAUCGCAGUCAAGGCUAACUACAAGGACCGAAGCUCACGAGUGCAGGCUCUUCACCAUCUCAAAAUGAUUGUUGAGAGUCCAUCCUUCGAAAUAACCUCCCUCAACAUUGUGUACCGCCGGAACCAGCUACUGAUCUUCUACGAUGUGCAGGCCAAGUACGGCAAGGAUCCCUAUGGCCUUACAAUACAAUAUGCAGCCAAUGCCCACAAUCGCAACUCCAAUGCAGAGGUACGACUGAAGAUCAAGGAACGCGACUACUGGAUCAAUGCCAAAUUGUUGUCGGAGCAGCCAAAACUUCUGCAGUUGGAAUUUCACAUAGACAAAAUACGUGAUAUACACAUCAAAGUUGGCCUGCUCAAUGUGGACAGGCGCAAGGAGCUGUCCCUCGAACUGAAGUGGGAUGCUAACCGUGAUCCUAGCCAGAGAUUGGGUCUGCUCGCAGAAUACAAUUGUCCUGGAACGAAGCACUACGAUGGAAAUGUGAUGGUUACCUAUCCGGAGCGUACCAUCAACUUUGGUUUCAACACAUUCACUGGGGGACCCAAGUACUUCGGCAAGGCUCACGCCUCCUGGAGCAUUACCGAGGUGAUCGAGUUUGAGUACGAGGCGGGUAUCCUUCCUGGUCGGACACUCCACAACUGGGUGAAAGCUGAGCUGCGGACACCCUUCGAUGGUUGGCGUACCAACAGUCUUAAUGCCGGAGUCUACAACCUACACAACCUGAUCCUAAUCAACUCCACGCUCUUUUGGGCAGAUGAUCAAAAGCUGCAGGUCGGCUUUAAGAGCGACUACGACAUCAACGAUCAGUUGGUGAGCUUUGAUGUGCGCUGUGGUAUCAACAGUACUAUUCGGGAUAUUCCUACGAUCAAUGUGAAGGUGAUGCAUUGGCAGGACCCCAAAAAGGUGGACACGGAGCUCUAUCUGGGGUACAGUGGCCAAAACGAGACCUUUAAUACAUACAGCAUGGAGUCCAAAUGGGAGAUUGAGCGGAACCAGCAAUACCACAAUGUUUCCGGCUUGGUGCAUCUGGUUAGUCCGUUCCAGGGUUACGAGAAAGGUGGUCUGGUGGCCCAGUUUUCGCUGAGCGAUAAACGAGAGGUCAGUGGAGCUGCUUCACUCAACUUCGAUGUGCGUGAGUUCACUUUGACCAUGGACGGCUACGUUAAGAAAUUCACGGACAAUAUGCUAACCAUUAACAUCACCACUCCUUUGGAGAAAUUCCGCACUGUCAACGCUCGCUUUGGUUUAAAUGAGAAGAAACGUCAUGCGGUCGCUGAAGUACGAGCUCCCACGGCAGCUCUUGGAGUGGAGGCCCUGGCAGACAUAAAGAAUCUCCUUAACUUCGAUGUGAAGUUGAGCUUAGCAACGCCCAUCGAGAGUUUCCAACAGGCGGCAAUAUUUGCACAGUUCGAACCGGAGCGUGUUGACAUGCGUGGGUUGUGGAACAACGCCACACUCGGUUUCACGGGCGUGUGGCACAUGCAGAAUAUCACAGACUUCGAGUACUCCUAUCUGGUGUUCACUCCUCUGGCUGGCUUUGAGGAGAACGGGUUUAUUGUCCAGCUGCUGAAAAGGGACGAGUUCGUCUUCCAGCUGCAUGGCAAGCUAUCCCAAUAUAAGCUAGGUGUCAAGAUCAACGGGAAACCAAAGUCGGACUUGGUCAAUAAGCUGGGCAGCAACAAGAUGGAGUUGGAGAUGCUCUACGAUGCAGACUUUAAGCCCCUGAACGCUCAGACAGACUACAAGCCAGACGAGGAUGAGAAGUACUUCUCAUAUUUCACGGAUUUCCAGGUGGACACUUUUGUCUGGCCCACAAUUGUGGGUAAUGUGGACAUUCAGGAGAUUAUUGACUUCUAUCUGGUUGUUGGCCAUGUGCAACUGCCACAGGGUAAAUUGGAGUUCAAGGAUCGCCUGCACUACCCCGACUACAUUAAUGUACACAAUCUUCUGACCGUGACUACACCGUUUGCUGUGGCUAAGGACAUUAAAUCAAUAGUGGAGUACCACAUAGACUUACACUUUAACUCCUUCUACGAGCGCGUUAAGUUCACAGUCAAUGAUGACAAGAACCAGAUCAAGGAACUGGGCUUUGAGUUUAACUACACCAAACUGCAGGACAAUGUGAAACCCAAGGCGCAUGAUGUUCAGCUCAAGCUCAUCACACCCUACGAAUUGCUCCGAGAGAUCGACAUUCACAGUCGCCUGGAACUGGACGAUAAUGCCUAUAAGGGCAAUAUUACCGUGGUCACGGCCCACACUCGUCUCUCGAUGGCGAGUUCCGUUGAGAACGAAGACAACUUCCUGGAAACUUCAGUGGGCAUUCUGCUGGAAACCGACAUUAUUCCACACUAUGCCUGCCAGGUGUACUUUAAAAAAGACUUUUCUGCAAUCGAUAACACCAUCGACAUUCGCUUUGAGGUCACCGACAAUGGAACACUGAACCAGCUUCAAAUUACGACUGACUGGCAUAAAGAUCCCUCAUACGUAGUGAAUGCCAAUGGAAAGAUCCGUACUACCAUGCUGCCACUUCAGCUGGCGUCCACUUCAAUUCUGGUCACAAAUAAUCAAAACCCUCAGCUCAAUUUCGAUCUAAACUUCCUAAGCCAGGAUGGCCAGAGCAAAUCAUACGGAACGCGAGCAAACAAAAAAAAAGAUGUCUUCAACAUCGAGGUGUGGACUCCUCUCAAAAACUUCCGAAACAUUUCCAUGCAUGGUACUGCCAUUAAAAAUCCCCGCGAUGCUGAGCGCUAUGAUGUCUCAGGGUACCUGUACAGGAAUAUGGCGACAUACGGCAUCACAGGAGCUGUCCGCAUGUCCAAAGGCCUGCCCAUUGAUGCAACUGUAAGGGUACAGCCCAAAGCUGGUGGAAGGGAUGGUGUGAUUGAGUUAAACAUCCACGAGGCGGGGCCAAAUAAGAUUGGCUUCUCCUUUAGCGCCAUUGAGGAUGGUAAGAUGUGCCAGAUAUCAGGAGGAUACAGUAUCAGCGCGAACAACAAAGCCAUGGACUUCUCAGUUCUUGUGGAGAGCACGGAGCCGGAAAUCGCCCGCAUCAACUUCAACGGCAACCUUAAGCCGAGCUCCAAGGGAUCCAUUGUGGGAGACCUGAAUUUGGAGACUCCCUGGAAGGAGCUCGGCAUCGAUUCGGUGCAACUGCACUCGGAUGUGGGUGUUACCAGUACUGGCGGAAACAUAGUGGGCGAGUACAAGAUUGGGCAGUAUAUCGGACGAGGAAGUUGCCUGUGGUCUUGGAUCCUGGCCGAGAAUAUCCAGCUAGUGCUGGAGAGCUACCUAGAGAGACCAAGCGCCAAGCCCAGAAUAGUUCACGCCAGUGCCAAAUACCUUAACCCAGGACAAAACUUCACUCAGCUGCAGGCCGGUGGUCGUCUGAGCGUCGACUCCAAAUGGAACCUCGAUGUCAAUGGCAGUGUGCACUACAAGUCUGCUAAUGAUUUCAACUUCAGAGUUAUCACCCAGUUGCCGUUACCAGUUGGGGAUCGCCACCAGCUAAGUGGUAGCUACCAGGGCAAUGUGAUUAGCCAGCAGUUCAUCAAUCCCGACUUUGUGCUCGAGACCAGCUACGAGGGUUUGGAGGCAGAGAACAAGCUACUGUCCCGGAUUUCUUUCCGAAAUUCAACCAACGACUUGAAGGGCUUGGCCCACGUGGAGUGGGGAAAGCUGAAGAGCCUGUCUAUCGUGGAGGGAGAUUUUGAGCUCCUCCGGAAGCCAGGAGUCCGUCGAGAGUUCUAUGCGAAGAUAAUCACGCCCAAGUUCAAGGAUGAGCACACUUUCACCCUCACCGGACAUUACGAUGUGAAGAAUACGGACUACCACAAUGUAGUGUGUGCCUUGGACUAUCCAGCCAGUCGUCGAGUUACCGAUCUGGAUGUGUCCUUCAGUUCGCUUAGCAACAUGCACGGAGCAUUUAACAGUACAAUGCCAACCUUCCUCAAUGUCAGUUGGUUCAAGACUGACUUUGAGUUCACCACCAAAAAUGCAAAGAGCUAUCGAUACUGUCGCUGCUUUUGGCCACAGGAUUCGGCUUACUUCAAGUUGAACAGCAACUAUGACAGUGACACCACCAAUUUCAACUACAACCUCAAUGGCAACGUGGAGGUCGAAGUUCCAUUGACUAGUCGUCAUCGAGCGGAUGUUGUUUAUGGUCUGCAGAAGCGACGCAACCAGGAUUCAGGAAAUGUCAAGGUCGUUUACAAUGAAUUGCAGGUACUGGAUGGCAAGUAUAAGCGGGUGGAGCAACAAAAGGAUCCUAUUUACAAGGAGACGACGGACAUCUCGCUGGAGAAUGACGUGAAGCCCUUGGGUAUUCACUAUGUCAACACGAAGGACAGCAGCGAUCCCGCUGGCACCCAGGACGUGAAGCACUUCGAGGUUUACGAGUUGAGAAACACGCAAAACUUUAAUCUCACCGGCGAGUUUCAUUCACGGAUCACUCUUAACGCCCAGGACUUCAAGGUGGUGGCCAUUCAUCCCAACCGCGCAGUGGUUCUGAGCACCAAGUUCGAGGACGUCAGCCUCGAAGUUAUCAGGCAGCACACCAAGUUGGAAUUGUCGGAGACCGCCUGGAUAGGAUACAACCUGGAGCUGGGCAACUUUAGCCGGGUUGGCAACGAGUCCCAGAGCUUCGCCCUGGAAAUCUUCUAUCCGAAGCGCAAUCUCUCCUCCUCCGGCCAGUACUACAUGACGGACAACCACUUCAACUCCGACCUAUCCUUCCAGUGGGCGGGCGGCGACUCCGACCUUCAGCCCAAGACGAUUCACAGCAACCUGCAGUGGACGGCAGAACCUUUGCGUCGCGGAGAUCGCGAACAUCGCACUAUCGCGUUGACAGUGGCGCAUCCUCUUCUGGAGAAGGACAUUAACUGCAAGGCCACGUACUACCGCGGCUUGCAGGAUCUGCUGAGGACCCACUUGACCAUCGACUAUUCGUCUAAUCCCGAUCAACUAAUUGAGUUGGGUGCUCAACUAAGGGACAGGUACAGUGAACUGGGCCACACCAACUACACCUUCCAAUUGUACGGCAAGCACCAGGCUUCUGAGCUGGACGUCCAACUAAAUGGCACACUCGCAGCCAGGAACUCAUACUACAAGACGGAGUCCACGGCGCACUACAAGCGUGACAUCUUCCCGGCGAGAUACGGCAAGUUCCUGGCUCUUCUCGAUGUCAAUAAACGGGAAGUGGAGUACGAGCGCCAGUCGCCAUUCCACACGGUGCGUCUUCACCUGUUGCCAGCCAUCCAAUACCCCGUUUACGGGUUGAACGCCACAAUUUGGGAUACUCCUGACACAAACCAUACGGGUUACAUAUACCUGGACCUGUUGGAGCGGUAUGCUCGCAUGGAUUUCAACUUGACGGAGGAUGCCAGCCAAAACCUGCAGAUGGUGGGUUACAUCCCGGAUGCACGCAGUGCCUUCCUGGACAUCUGGCGCAACUACGAGGAGAUCCGCGUGAUUGACGUUAGUUCGUACCUGAAGAUGAAUCAUUCCCGACUGGUCACCGGCCGAUUCCACUGGCGUCCGGCCAUCCGGCAAGAAGUUCGUGAGAAAAUCCAAGCCGUGGGAAAGUCGGUCUACAGCUCCUUUUCGGAAGGAAUCGACUUUUGGAUCAAGUCUAUCUACACGGAAACCACGGAAUCGAUGGGCGUGGUGUGGAACACGGCCAAGGAGUACAAUAACGAUUUCAUAAACGACAUUGGUCAGCUGAGCGUUUUGGAGGAGGAUCUUGCCGAUCUGCGUCUGUUUGUAAAUCAGUCCUAUGAGGCCAAUGAUUUCUAUAUAAAGCACGUGGUUAACUUUACCCUGACUAUCCUGGAUGAACUUGCCAUCAGAGAUCACAUCGAGUCGCUGCCAAAGAUCUUCUCGGAACUCUGGCAGGCGAUGGGAGAUUCCGGCAAAGCUCUACGCACCAGUAUCGUGUGGCUAAUCGAAACCAUUAAAACCACAUAUACCAACCUAUUGGAUGCAGUGGCCCGAUUCUUCCACGGUGAGAGUCUAACAUAUAUAUCCGGUUUGAUGGAGAAGGGCAUAGCGAAAUACGAUAGUUUUAUCAAGGAUCUGCACAUCAAGUUCAUCAAAUACAUCGAAAAUCUGUGGCACAAGACCUGGACUAUGGCGGAGAAUCACUGGAAGGCAGUCCUAAAGCGAUUCGAGCCCCAUCUCUUCAAAAUGAUUAGCUUUAUAGAGACAACUGCCUGGAAUCUCAGCAAGGAGGUGUUCGACUUUAUUUACAAACGUACCAACGAGCUGGCAGAGUCUCCGUACUUCAACAAGGUCUCUAGUUUCACGGCUGACGCCGAGAGGCUUUAUCGAGACUUCACGGCUAACGAUGCCAUCACCAACAUCAAGAAGUAUUCGACGCUGGCCUGGAAUUUCAUCAAGGAGAAGUACUUUAAGUUGGUGCCAUUCGGGGCUGAGUUGAAUGAGGUUCUCACUGAGAUCUGGCAGGAAAUCCAAGAGCUUGAAAAAAUUGACCAGGUGCAGAUUGUGGUGCAAAAGUACUACGAGGUUGUGGCCAAGGUCGAUUGGAUUGCGGAUGAACUGCAGCUGGAAAAUCGCCUGCAUCAGGUUUACGGACUGGUGAGGAACAAGUUCCGCAAUUAUGCCUUGAAUGCCUUGGAAACCGCCGAUAUGUAUAGGGAAGCCAAGACCAAGUUUGUUUUCGAUCCGGAAGUGGGUAUUAUCGACCUCGAGCAAAAGUUACCCAUGUCAUGGCACGCUUUUAACGAGACACCCAAGUUCGAGGAGAUUCCCGAGUACCAGGUGCUGGCCAAGGCCCAGAGCUUCUUCAGUGAAACCAACUCUUCGAUCGUCAUGAAGUUGUAUAACAUGCGGACGCAUCUGGAUCCCAAGACCUGGCUGCCACCAUACUACUCUCGCGCCUUGCUGAUCGACUCGCGGCACUAUAUGACCUUUGACCAGCGGUAUGUGGGUCUGAACAUCAACUUUGAUGAGUUCGGAAAUGGACGACCCAAUUCCCAAUGCAGCUAUCUUCUAGCCCACGAUUUCUUUAAGCGAAACUUUACCUUACUUCUGGAGCCAGCGAGCCAAUCCCUGGCUGGCCAAGGACUAACACGCAAACUGAGCUUUAUUGCCAAUGACCAACUGAUUGAAAUCGAUUUGGGCACAGAUCACAUAAGCAUCAAUGGCAAUCCGCAACCCAUCCUGCCGCUCAAAUUGGGCGCUGUGAACAUCCACCGGGAUCUUGAUGUACUUUCCAUCACCUCGGACACCGAGUUUAGUCUGCACUGCAACGUGCAAUUUGACCUGUGUUGGUUCGAGGUUAGUGGAUGGUACUUUGCCAGGACAGCGGGAUUACUGGGCACCCUGAACAACGAGCCCUCCGAUGAGUACACCAUGGCCAACAGUGUGAUCGCCAAGGAGGCGCAGCAGUUCACGGAUUCGUGGAGCCUGAAGCAAUGCAAGCAGACGAAGGUGGCCCAGACCCAAGAAAUCAGCAAGGAGGUCAGUGAUACCUGCACUAGCUUCUUCCGUACCGGCAUCCUGGCUCCCUGCAGUGCGGUUCUCGAUCCCGCUCCCUUCUACGAUAUGUGUCUGGACUUGGGCAUGAAAUCGCCGCCAAUUCGAAAGGGACAUCCGGCUGUCAAGGGAGCCUGUGCAGCAGCUUUGGCUUACAUCGAGGCCUGUACAGCUCUGAAGGUUCCCAUGCGGGUGCCCUCUCAGUGUGUGUUCUGCCAACUGACGAACGGUUCAUAUGUGCCCGAGGGUACUUUCAUGGAGCUUUCAGGCAGUGAGAUUCCACGCAGUAGCGACGUGGUCUUCAUUGUGGAGGCCAAGGAUUGCAAUGCCAAUCUGAAGGUGUCCAAGAACAUCAUGGCCGUGGUCACCAGCAUUGAAGAGCAGUUGCAGGCCGCCAAGCUAACGAAUAAUCGUUAUGCUGUGUUGGCCUUCGGUGGAGUUGCCCCGUACGACAAGCCGAGGAGCGUUAUAUACGAACACAACGAAUUCACCUUCAAGCCGGAUCAGCUGGCGGAAUAUUUCGGCCACAUCAACACCGGAAAUGGCAGCAGCAACGACAUCCUAAUGGCCAUUUCCGCCGCUGCCAAGCUCAACUUCCGUCCGGGCGUGUCGAAGACCUUCGUCCUGCUCUCCUGCAGCAAAUGUGCACCCAAGGAUAUGCGCUUCGACCACACCUCUAUCCUGCAAUACAUGUUGGAGGAGGGCAUCAACCUGCACGUCCUGGCGGAUACGGAAUUCGACUUUGAGCGCAAUAAAAAGCUGCGACACUUCUUCGGGCUAGACAGUAAGCUGGUUUACUCGAAACGUUACCCCGAAGGCGAUGCCGAGACCCGCAAUACCACGCACAUCCCCAAGAGCAAUUUGGGAAUCUGCACCACGCUAGCUGUGGAGACUCAGGGAUCCGUGUUCAGUGCCCGCAAGCUGCAGCCGGAGAGGAAGUAUCCCAUCAAGCGAUUUGCCACCAUUUUCGCCAAGCGCAUCGCCCUCAGUGCCACGCCCAUCCAGAGCCAGACCUGCGAGUGCUCCGCCCACAAUACGGGCGUCUCCUACAUGGCCUGCUCCCCGCAGGCUCUGCCCGAGGAGAAGUACGAUCUGGAUGACUAUGACUCCUUCAACAACUGGGAUUGGGAAGACGAAGUGGAGGGCGAUGCCAAAGUAAUGUCGUAGUUCUUAGUACGCCGCCAUUAGUUAGCUAGUUCAGUUAUGUCCCUGCAGAAUGUAAGGUUUUUCUAAUGCAUAACCGACAGGCAUAUUUUGUAAAAAUAAAUCACCAUAUAAAGCCAAA